GGCAACGCGUGGAAAGGAAGGCAAGGUGCCUCAGGUAAAGCUCAUGAACCAGUGUCCUUCAAGGUUCUGGAGCGUAUAUACCUCUUUGCAGGCUGCUCUGAACAUGGGCAUGCUGAGGAAGUCUCUGUUCCUGCUACUUGCCUUACACAACGCAGUGUACGUGCGUAGCCAGACGAAUGUUCAGGCAUUUCUCGACGCCUUCUGUAGAGUGAAUCCAGAUAAUAAUGGCUGUAAGAACAAGCCCCUCGUGACAGAGGGAACUGUCCUGGGCCAAGACAACAGUGUAGCGUGCCUGCCGGGGACGAAAAGGUGCACGCAGCUGCCGAAUGUGUGUGUGCCUUCAGACAUCCCCUGCAGUGCCAUAGGAUCCGGCAGGACUUGCAGUCAACCGAGAGCGACCAACACGAAGCUGCGCGUCCUCGUGUGCGGCGACGGAAGCCAAUCGGGCACCGUCUGUGGCACCGCAAACCAUUACCCUUUGCUGACCGUGUUGAUCGUGCAAUGCCUCGGGCUUUACGAUAUCGUAGCCGAGCUAUCAGGCGUAGAACGCCAGCUCCAGUCGCUUGGAGUGAUGCAAAAACCAGGCAGCAACAAGGGGGCUGGAAUUUACAUGUGCGACACAACCCUGAACUGGAGACCUUUGGACGGGUCGCCUCCUCUCAACGCCCUCCAGCCGUCCUGUUUGAACGCAGGAUGUGGCUACGUCCCCGAGCCUCUCCCGGGCAUUUAUGUGGACCGCCGUUGGUCGUGGGUGCGGCUCCUGUAUCGCAACGACCAACCCGCGUGCAGUAUCACCCUCGUAGACAACCACGCAGCAAUCACAGCCGCACACUGCGUGACCAAGAACCCAGCCUCGCGUGAAAUCCCCGACAUAGAUGAAUUUACGAUUGAAAUGCCGGGAUACACAGUCAAGCCAAAAGACAUAUUCAUCCACCCGGAGUACGACCCGAAUUCCCGCUACGCCCACGACAUCGCAGUUAUCACUUUCACUACUCACUCUGACAACAUUCUGCCGACGGUGUGCAUCGCGGACGAAGCGGUCAGGCCCUCCAGGGACAGGAAGCAAAUGAUCUUCGUGCUCGCUGAGAAUCGCCAGAUCCCCGAGUGGUUAACCCGCUCCUCAAAAUGGAGUACGAACUGCCUGGGACUCGCCCCGUCGCACACCUUCUGUCGAGACCAGCUGGAUUUGAAAGAAAGCCAGUUCUGUGCGCAGUAUGAGGCAAUUGAAAUUACCAGCGGUUCAUCGGGAGGACCUUACCUGGCGGAUAUCGGCACGGGUGUGGACGAGGUGUGGGUGAUAAUGGGCGUGCUUUCCACCGUCAACACCGGCCCCUCUUGUUCCCAGAGGCACCUCGUCUACAGCAGCGUGGCGAAUGACGCGCAGUGGCUGAAGGAGUGCGUGUUUUACCGCCGCUGCAACACCUUGUUCUCAACUGUCACUCAGGGUAGAUGAAUUUGGAGGCACUUUUUCUCUACCUGUGCUGUAAUGUGUGUCGGUUUAGGGAAACUUGGCUGGCGUUGUGUGAAUCAAGGCCUUGAUAUACAUGUGAAUGUAUACACGUAAACACACAUAAGAGUAAAGUAUUUAGGCUUAAGUACUACUAGCAACGCCUAUGCACAGAGCGUAUGAAAAAGGUAACUGACUUGCCUUUUUACCAUUAUAGCAAUAAAAUGAAUAUUGUUGAC